AUGUUUGACCUACCUGAACAUCUCGCCUCGCUGAACACCCUCGUACCGUCGUCUUCUACCGCGCCAGUGGACCCAUCGAUAGAAGAAGCAGUAUGGGAAUACUUCAAUACCGAUGCCUUGUUCCAAAACUUUGGCGUCAACCCUUCAGAGUAUGAUUCGAAACAUGACACGGCGUCCAAGUUGGACCUCUCACCCGUGAACCCACAGCCUGUAGUCGCUUCUAGCAGUUCUAGCUCUGCUCUUCCCGCCGAUCUCAAAUCAUUCAUCCAGCAAUUCGCCUCUGAACAACCUUCCCAAGCCUUUGGUUCGACAGAUUAUGCCAAUGCUUUGGCACUGGGAUUACACAUGACCACACCGGCCGCUGUCCCCAGUACGGCACACAUGUCGGAUAUCAUGGCUGCUGGAUCCAGUUCUACAUCGCCAGAUGACUCGAGACCAUCCGGCGCGAAAAAGCUCAAAUCACUCGGUGCCGGUCAGGCAGAGAUAGAGGAGGAUAAGAGGAGGAGGAAUACAGAGGCUUCUGCGAGGUUUAGGGCAAAGAAGAAGGAGAGGGAGCAGGCCUUGGAAGUCCGAGCGAAGGAACUCGAAGGUCAAGUGGCCCAAUUGACAAAUGACAAACUGUCCUUGGAGAAUGAAAAUAGACUGCUGAAAGCGAUUGUGCUGGGAAGCAGGGGAGGAGGAGAAGGUGCUCAAGAGGCACUCGAACAGUUCUUGGGAAAGCGAAAGAGGCAAGAGUGA